GGAGCAUCCUGAAACAACCACUCACAGCCCAGCAUUUACACCAGUCCGGAGGAUCAAACGAAGUCCCAUUAUUUGAGUCAGACUCGAAAUCAAUGCAGAAUUAUUCCGUUUUGGCUGAUCUUUUGACAAACCUUGGGCUUGGUAUCCAGAACGGGACAGGCCAAUCAACAAAACCUGAAUGUAUUUCAGCCUGCCUGCGAUCUGAUGAACAGAUGAUCCAAUAAUCAUCUCCAGUCUGGGAAACACACAGAUUUCUGAUUUGUUUGUUUCGACUGACAAAUGCUUCAGCUGAGCCGUGCAGAUAAGCUGUGCCACUGAACUGAAAACUAUCCUCGCUCACACACUUCCAGGAGGAGGAUGUUGAUGAAGGAGUACAGAAUAUGCAUGCCACUCACCGUGGAAGAGUACAGGAUUGGGCAGUUGUACAUGAUCAGCAAGCAUAGCCAUGAGCAGAGCGAGCGAGGCGAGGGCGUGGAGGUGGUGCAGAACGAGCCGUUUGAGGACCCCACAUACGGUGCUGGACAGUUCACCGAGAAACGCGUCUAUCUCAACAACAAGCUUCCCAGCUGGGCACGAGCAGUUGUUCCCAAGAUUUUCUAUGUCACGGAGAAGGCAUGGAACUAUUACCCUUACACAAUCACUGAGUACACAUGUUCUUUCUUGCCAAAGUUUUCCAUGCACAUAGAGACAAAAUAUGAGGACAACAACGGCAGCAAUGACAAUAUCUUUGAUGAGCCCAGAGAUGAGGACAUUGAGGUGUGUUUCGUUGAUAUUGCGUAUGAUGAAAUUCCAGAGCGCUACUACAAAGAAUCUGAGGACUUGCGCUACUUUAAAUCAAAGAAGACAGCGAGGGGUUUGCUCCAGGAGGGCUGGAGAGACACUCAGGACCCCAUCAUGUGCUCCUAUAAGCUGGUAAAAGUGAAGUUCGAGGUGUGGGGCCUGCAGACACGUGUGGAACAGUUUGUUCACAAGGUGAUAAGGGACGUGCUGUCACUAGGUCACAGACAGGCCUUUGCCUGGGUGGAUGAGUGGAUUGACAUGACCAUGGAAGAGGUGAGAGAGUACGAGCGUGCCACACAGGAAGCCACUAAUAAGAAGCUGGGCACAUUUCCUCCAGCCAUCUCCAUCACAGAGACCCCUCUGCCAUCCUGCGCCCACAGCGGACCAUCCAGCGCCCCCUCCACCCCCCUCUCCACAGAAGCCCCAGAUUUCCUCUCUGUGCCCAAAGACAGACCGCGGAAGAAAUCAGCACCGGAGACACUCACACUCCCUGACCCGGCAAGGAGAGACUCCAGUUUUCGGCUACCGAGCCUCUUCUCCUGGGGCUCCAGCUCCCGUCAGCCUGAAUGACCCACACAGGGAAAAGGCCCAGUUCAGUAAUGCAGCUGUCAGAAACAUGUCUGCUCGGCACACACACACACACACACACACACACACACACACACACACACACACACACACACACACACACACAUAGCAAGCCAGUCUCUGUUGAAACUAGGCCAGAGACAAAAAUACGCACGCAAAGUGGUUUUCCAACCUUGCCAAGCUUAAACUCUACACAGGGGUUCAGUCGAGAUCUUAUCUACAGUCGAAAAGCGCAUUCCAGCUUUCCACAAGCAACUUAGUUCACAGUUUACAACAACUCAGGAGUUGUUCGGUUGUAUGAGGUUUUUGAAAAUAUUCUUACUACUAGUUCUGUAGUUUUGUUAUUUCAGAUGGAUUGACUGUGUGUGCUAUUCGAGCUGGAAUAUAUAAAAUGAAAACAAGUUUCUGCAUUUAAUAGAACAGAACCUGAUCCAUUUUCUUAAUUUCAACAUUUCGAGUCAAGUAGAUGCUGGUGUAGAUGUUUUGGUUUUCAGUUUGGUUGAUUCACUGGAUCGGCAUCGCUGUCCAGUUAAAAAAAAAAAAAGUCACAGUGUUGCUGAGUAUUAUAAUAAAUGUACUACAUUUCAUAGGAAUCAAUAUUUAGGACUGGACUGAUUCUGCAAAGCAGAAAAAAAUGCUCCUUUUUCCGAACAACAGUAUCAGACCCAAAAACCACUGGACCUACUGUCGUGUCUCAGUCUAUUGCUGGAUAUGUGGACUACCAAGUUUCUGUAUAUACUAUAUCCUAUUACCAUCCUAAAUUGUCACCUAUUAUUGAUUAACACAUUACCAUUUAUGAUAAAGGAUAAUCGAGUAUAUUGUAUUGUACAUGAUGUAUCCAUGGUUGAACAGUAUAUGGUGCAUUGCAGUAUGUAAAUAGAAACUCACAUUAAUAAGGAAUGCUUUCCAGGAUGUCCUUGAAUGUUCUAUAGUCUUCAUGUGCAAAGAAAUGCUUGCUGUUGGACGAUGUGUACUUUGUGAACGUAAAGGCUUGUUGCUCUCAAUAGUACACACAAAUCAGUUUCUUUCUUUUCUAAAACACACCAGCAUCAAGCAUAUGGCCAUAUGAAAUUAAUUCUGUGAUGUAAAGAGCUGGUAUGAAAAUAAAUCUUUAACU